UGUUUAAUAAUCGUAUCGUAUAUCGUACUUUUAUAAAAACAAAGUUGGAAUUGGUGUCUUGUUAAAAAGUGAUUUAUGUAAUAGUGCCAAAUAGAAGUAAAAGUAAAGGUUAUAUUUAGUCCAGAGAAAGUUCAAACAAUUACCCCAUUUAAGUAAUAAACUCAUUCGAAGAUGGCCUCAAAUCCUUUAUAUAACUUAACUUGGGGUGAGUAUGGAACAUCUUUGAUCUCUGCAGUGCAACUUCUUCGCUGUCAAGACGAAUUGGUUGAUGUAACUUUGGCUGCUGGUGGUAGAACUUUUCAUGCACACAAAGUUGUUUUAUGUGCUGCCAGUCCAUUUCUUUUGGAUCUACUCAAAAGCACAUCUUGUAAACAUCCUGUAGUGAUGUUAGCCGGGGUUCAAGCUUCCGAUUUAGAAGCACUUUUGGAAUUUGUGUAUCGAGGUGAAGUCAGCGUGGAUUCUAGUCAAUUACCAUCAUUGCUACAAGCAGCUCAUUGUUUAAAUAUACAAGGAUUAUCUCCUGCUCAAUCAGAAAGUGUAAAUAGCUUAAAAACUACACCAAAUAAAACCCAAGAAUUGACUCAGUCUCAAGCAACUCAAAGUAGUCAGGAAGAUGAGAACGUUUUGAGAAGAAAAAAACGAGCUAAAAGACCUAGAAGUCCUUCUUUACAAACUCAAACAGCGAAAUGGUCGAAAGUUUACGUCCAAACAGAUGGAAACAAUGUUUUAGUUAAUAAUGAAGAUAAUUUGUCUCCUUCUUGGUCUCAACAAAUGAAUCUAGUCAAUGUAACAACAGCAACUUCUCCUAUUACAAGUUUACCAAUUCAAACUCCUAUUCUUGUACAAAAUAUACCGGUAUCGAUAAAUAAUAAUACAUCGGGUACAACUCCACCUAAAAUUCGAGGUGCUUCCGAUCAGCCAGGUUCUUGCCCUUUGUGUGGUGCAAUGUUAAGGCAAGCAAGAAAUUUACGUAGACAUCUUAUAACGAGUUGCAAAUAUCGUAGUUUAGGAACUCAGCCUUCUCAACACAUAGAAAGAACUUCGAAUGGAACUCUCCAUCAAUUACAAACGAUACCUUUGCACAACGUAGAGAGGGUCACACAAAAUAUCGAACGAAUUGAUAGUAAACAAAUGGCUUUAGCUCCAAUUUCUUGUAAUGAUUUAUUGCCAUCAACGUCUAGUAUUAUUACAAUGGCUUCAAGUAUGCAAUAAUAAGGUUAUUAUUGAACAUGGUUUAGGAAAUGAUUUGUGAUUAAAAUGGUGAUUAACGGACGGUUUAUAAGGUUUAAUAUUCGCUUUAUGUAAAGGGAUGUAAUAAGUAAAUAAUUUAAGUUUUAUAGAUGUAUAUAUUUGUAUGUUAACUAAGUUGAUAUAAUUUUAUUGUUACAAAUAAAACGAAAAUAACGUAAAA